GUGUCAGUCCGGUGGGGACGGGGCGAGAGGGAGGAGAACAGACCUUGGGCGCCGAGGACAACGAUCUUAGCCUCGAGGGAGGAGCUCAUGGCGGGGUAGAGGCUAAGGCGGGGUACCCGGAAAGCUGGAUUUGCAUGAUCCAGCGGGAAAUUCGGGAUGAAGCGACGGGGAGGGACAGAGGGAAUCAAUAUCGGUAAAGGUGAAGAGGAGAGGGGUGGGAUAGGGAAGGGAGAGGGAGAGAAGGGGGGGGAGAGGGAAGAGGGCGUAAGAGACAGCGAGGAGAAAGUUGAAAGGAAGAAAGGGAAAAGCAAGAAAGGAGGCGCGGGAAGGAGAGGCUCAAGGAAGGGCAGCCAUCCAGCCAAGCAGCACUGGAGGGAUUCAGGGCAGUGCUCCGAUCAGCCGAUCACUCACGAACCUCGCGCGAUCAGGUGUUCAUCGGAGGGCCAGGAGGUCGGCAAGACGGUGAAGAUGGAUGGAUGGAGGAGGAGGAGGAAGGAUGAAGGAUGUGCUGAUUCAUUCCAUGAUUUCCUCCGCCCUGGGGUCCCUUGCUUACGUCCUGGCUGGCCCCAUGGUUUCAGCCACGCGCGCCGUCGACCGUACCGAGAUGAAGAUGCUUCAGCCUUCUUCGUAUCUUCGUUUGCCAACUGCCAAUCCCCGGCAACCCGGCUGACAGCUGGUGAUGGUGGCGGGUGAGCCUGAUUGACGCCGGGCUGACGAUCGGGAUGCGACCGCAUCAUGCGUCAUUUCCUGUGCAGCGAUCGCAUGUCCGAUCCCCUUCAGCCUCAAUUCCCACAGAUCUGGGUCCUGGCCGGGCACAGGCCGCUGGACGGUACCAGAACGCGAU